UGUGGAAUACAGAGCCCGUGAUACGAAGAUGGGUGGGCGCGGGAUAGCUAAACCCUUCAAGCUCUGUAACAGAAGAUUGUUAGCGGAACGGAGUCGACCUUCAUCACCACCUGGAAGAUCCCGAGCCCAUCCUGUUGAUGGCGAACAUCGGGAGCCUUCACUGGUGCAGACUCCUGUGCGUCUGAUAUCACCCGAUUCACUAGAGGCAGGGUCUAAGCAA